AUAUCACAACAACUUCACGCAUUCAAUGAGUAGAAAAACCGAAAUCCGCCAAGAUGAAAUUACUCCCUACCGUUAUUCUAGCCAUUUCCGUCAGCGGUGCUUAUGCGGUCCCAAGACUGGCAAGCCAGCACCCUAGACCGAGAGAUCCUGCAGGGUUAGAAGCUAGAGGCAUCAAACUUGUUAAGCGACCCAACUCUCCAGCUCCGCCAUCUAAUGGAGAAACGUGUACAGAGCCCCCAUGCAGAUAGGAGGUGCGGCUUGAGAGAUUUCUAGACACU